GCUUUUCCAGUGAUGGCCGCAAAACGAUUCUACGUCAAAUUAUCCAAGAUCGAAUUCGCCCUCGAGAAAGUCCAAUUCCUAGGACACAUGGUAAGCUCUCAAGGAGUUCACAUCGACCCCAAGAAGAUCGAAGCCGUAUGCACGUGGAAGACAUCUGAGAACGUGAAGGAGUUGCAGCUGUUUCUAGGCUUCGCUAACUAUUACAACAGGUUCGUGCCACAGUACGCGAAAAUCGCAACACCACUAACAAAUCUGCUGAAGAAGAACAUGCCCUAUAAGUGGGAACCAAAAUAUCAGGAAGCCGUGGAGCAGCUGAAACAAGUACUCACGUCUGCACAUGUACUCAUUUUGCCAGACCCUGAACGUGACUUCCUCAUCGAAGCUGACGCUAGUGACCAGGCGGUGGGAGCAGUCUUAAUGCAAUACCAGGAGAAUGGACUACAACCAAUCGCCUACCUCAGCAAGAAACUACACGGGCAGAACUAAACUAACCGAUACACGACAAAGAGGC